AUGUCCUGCUACGACCUGUGUCCCACCACCAGCUGCGGCAUCGCCCGCCCCCAGCCCCUGGCCGACAGCUGCAACGAGCCCUGCGUGCGGCAGUGCCCYGACUCCACCACCGUCAUCCAGCCUCCUCCYGUGGUGGUCACCCUCCCCGGYCCCAUCCUCAGCWMCUYCCCACAGAACUCCUUUGUGGGCUCCUCWGGAGCUCCAGUGCUUGGUGGUUAUGGAGGCUCCUCCUUGGGCUACGGGGGCUUCUAUGGAGGUUAUGGAGGCUCCUCCCUAGGCUAUGGGGGUCUCUAUGGCGGGUUUGGAGGUUCCUCCUUGGGCUAUGGGGGUCUUUAUGGAUACGGAAGAUCCUACGGGGCUGGAUCCUGCAGCCCUUACUCCUACCGGUACARCAGGUACCGCCGUGGCAGCUGUGGGCCCUGCUAA